AUGUUGGAUUUUGAGUAAGAUUUUUAUAAAUUUGUUAAAGCUCAAUUAGAUAAGAAGAGAGGGAUCAAACAACUAGCCUUUGAUGAUUCAGAAAAUGAUGAGGAAGUUAUUAGAAGUAAGAAAUUAUCAUUUUAUUUAGGAAAUAGGUUGUAGAGUGAGAACAUCCAAAAAGUCUUAUUAAAUGAAAGAAAAAAGAUGAAGAUAAGUAAAAUUUCAAAAGAGCAACAUUUUGAAAACAAAAUGAAAGAUUUUACAUCUAUGAACACUUUUAUUGAUGUUAAGUAGUUUCUUAAAAAUCUUAAUGAUUCAUAAGUAAAAAAAAGUCACAAAAAUUUAUUCCAAUCCUUAAAAAAAUCAUAAUAAGAUAGUGAUGAUGAAGAUAUAUUUGAUUAUGCAGAAAUUGUUUCAAAAAGUAAGAAAUUUAUUGCAAAUUCUGAACAUUUUAGAACUAAACCUAAAAUAGAAGGUUAUUUAUAAAUAGAUAAUGAGAUAAGCUAAAGAUCUAAGGCUAUAGAAGAAGGAAGGUCAACAAAUGAGAAAUUCUAUACUGGUAUUGAUAAAUUAAUAACUGAUAUUAAUCAUAAGAAUGUUUUGUCUGAGAUGGACAGAAAAUAUGAGAAAGAGAGAAAGAGGAAUAGAAAUUCUAUGAAUUCUGAUAAAAUUAUAUAGUCAGCAGUUCCAUUAGAUUUUGGGAAAGAUGAAAUUGCAAUAAAAGCUGGAAAAAAAUUUAAAGAAUAAUCAUAAAAGGUUUUAUAGCUCUUAGAAAGAACAACUAAAAUGCUAUACAAAAAUAAGAUACCUUAACCUCCAAAUCCAAAAAUCUUAAAGUAAUAAUAACAAUAGUUGAAAGAACUUCAUCAGUAAUAUCCUAGUUCAUUUGAAAUUAGAAGUCAAAAGCAUUUAUUAGUAAAAAGUAGAAGUGAAAGCAACGAUUUAAAAUUUCCUCUAGUAAAUGGUAAACUAAUAAAUCCUCUUGUAAGAAAGGUUGUACCAUUAAAUUAAUUGAACCAUGCAACUCUUCCUGAUAUUAAACCUGGUUCAUUUGUAUCUUUAAGAGAUGAAAAGAAAUUUGAAAAUCUUCAUUAUUUUAAAAGUCCAUAAAAUUAAUAGAGACAUACUGAUCAUCAAAAUAAUACUAGUCGUCAAACUGUUAGUUUGAAUAUAAAAAAUUAAAUUGGAGAAUUUUUAACUUAAGUAUAGAAUUUUAUUGAUUAAGCUUGAUGAUGCUCAAGAGUAAUUUUCUAAAAUAUAUCCAUCUGAUUCUGAAAUUUAGAAAAUUUAAGAUAAUAUGAGUAAGAAUAUGAGAUAAAUUGGCAAUACUCCAUUAGAAAGUUUAAAAUAUUUGACAAAGAGGAAAUUCAAUAUAUCUAAAAAGUAUGAAUUGAGAGGUAAGAGAAACAAAGUUCUUUAAAUUUUAUGA